AUGAUUUCAAUGUGCUUGUUCGGUCUUCUCCGACUCCUUCUGUUGCGUCUGGCACCGCGACUCUUGGCUGCGCGCGCUCCUCAUCGUCUGGUACAACUACACAAACCGAGCAGCCGUAUGAACCUGUACAUUGCGGCGCAUGCAUACCGCAUAGACGGGUGGACCAAAUCAGCUAGCAAACCUGUGAUCGAGGCUUUAAUGCAGCAUGCAAGUCAAGAGAAAUAUACUUUCAAAGUGGAUUGGGAAAACAACGGUGAUAUGAUUAUAUGGGAUAACACGUGUGUAAUGCACCGAUCAUCCGGAGGCUCAUACCAGGGACGUUAUGUCCGCGAUAUGCGAAGAGCCACCGUCUAUGACUCUGCCUGA